AUGAAUAUUUUAAGAGUCAACUCCAAUCAUUGCUUGAAUGCGCCUAAACGAAAUCCAAAAACUGUGUUUUGCCAUCGUCUAGCAACACAUUUUGAAGAUCUUUCUAAUGAACUUUUACUCGAUAUUUUCGAUUUUCUUGAUGGUUAUCAUGUAUUUGAAGCUUUUUCUAAUCUCAAUAACCGUAUCCAACAUCUCAUUACUAGUUCUUAUUUCUCCCUCAAAUUAAAUAUUUCAUUUAUGUCUAAAUCGAAUUUUAACAGACGUUCGAACAAUAUUAUCCGUCCAUAUAUGAAUCAAAUUAUUUCAUUACAAUUAUCAGAGUCAUUUUUCAUCAAAAAUUUCUUUACAUCAUUGUUUAGUGAUACAUCAUUCAAUCGUCUCGAAUCAUUGGUACUCAAUGAUCUUAAUGUAGAUGAUGAUGUUUCUAUUCUUAAUAGUUUAGCUCAAUUACCUCGACUCUUCUCUCUCAAAAUCUUUUGUUACGAAUGUAAUGAACUAUUUUUUAUUUUUCAAUCAAUAUUUCGUCUACCUGUUUUACAAUAUGCCAAAAUUUUGUAUUCGAACUGGACUACUACAGUUCCGUUUCCCCUGGCUACGAGCGACAAUCAACGAAGUAUGACUCUUGAGUAUCUCACUGUUGAUAGUCCACAUCAUCUUACAAGUAUUUACAAUCUUCUAUCAUAUACACCUCGACUUCGUCGUUUGUCAGUUGAGAGUAUAUUUGAUACUAGAUGCAAACCACUAAAACAAUUUAUACAACCACGCAAUCUAACUAGUAUUUCUCUAUGCUAUUGGGAUUUAUCAUUUGAUAAAUUCGCAUCAUUCAUUGCAAUCGUUGGUUCCGAACUCGAAUUCUUACGCAUUUCAAUUAAACAUCCAACUGCUCUAUCAAAUGUUUAUCAAUGGCAACAAUUAAUUUUACGCCAUAUGCCACGUUUGCGUACGUUUCUCUUUGAUUACCACGGUCCAUUAACUAAAGAUGCUCAUGGAAAUAGUCGCUGUCGAACGUUACUUGAUGAAUUUGCUUCGCCAUUUUGGAUCGAACGCCAAUGGUUUUUUGCCCAUAGCCAUUGUGAUUGUUUUUCUCAAGAAGAAGAAAAAGAAUGUGUGUCAUUCUACUCAACUCAAAUGCGCCGACGAGAGUUUUGUCUAAGUGAUGAAUCUCUCGAUAAUAACAUAUGUUUGUACCAAGAUCCAGUCUUCUAUUUAUCUUUUGGACCACGCAUUGGUAUAAAAAGUCAAAAUAUUGAUGCUAAUUUUUCUUUUCAAUUUCCUUAUGUAACGGAAUUAGAAAUUACAGAUAAUUAUUAUAGGAUCAAUAUGGGCUCAUUCAUUGAUAAUCUAAGUCAUAUUUUUAUUUUGACAAAUAUUACUUAUUUAAAGAUUCCAUUAAAUAAUCAAUUGUUGCACAAUUUUGUUAAACUUCUUAAUCGUAUACCUAAUAUUCAAAAACUGGUUCUUGACGUACGAUCAUCAUCUAAAAUGGAAGUAUCGUCAGAUCAACAAACUAAUACAGUUGACUUGGUAUGCAAUAAUAAUGUGCGAGAUGUACAAAUAACUGGUGAACUUACACUUGCCACUAUUCGACUAAUCAAUAAGCUUUUUCCUCGAAUGGAAUGUCUUCGAUUUCUGAAUAGAGAGAAUGCUCUCAUACCAUUUGUACGAAUUUUGUUAUCAAACAGAACUAAUAACAAUCAUCUUUUCUCAUUGGUAUUUAACGGUGAUGAUGCGAUGAUUAAACAAUUGAAGACAAUGAUCGAUAAUGAAAAAUUACUUGAUAAUUAUAAUAUCGAAGAUCGACAGGAUGAAUUGUGUUUAUGGUGGUAA